UCUAACCUGGCAGAGUGAAGAAGCAGGAAACAGUGAUCUUUCAGGUUUCUGUCGAUUAAAAGACACUUCAUCUUUUUACCUGCUGUUUUGUCACACCAAGUGAAGGCCAUGGACAUGCUGAAGUCGAGGCAGAGCCAGCUGUGCAUGUGGCUUUCAGAUGACCCUGACUACAUACUUGAGCAGUGUGAGGAUAUGUUGUCCAUGAAAGAAUUCCGAGACAUACAAAAGCAAAGCAGUGAUCUCGAGAAGAUGAGACUGCUCUUGAAAAUAACAAUUGAAAAGGGAAGAGACACCUGCCAGAGCUUCUCUGACAUUCUGAGGCAGCAUCAAGCACAUUACCAGCAACUGCAACAGCUCUUCAGCUCUAACGCUCAAGGGUCACAGGCUCCAACAGUAGAAGCUGAUAGUAGCAGUGUUGUAAGCACCAGAGAAAUAACAAAUAUUACGGGAAAGUCCCUCUCAUUGAAGAUUGAAACAGUGAGUGGUGCAGGAAGUAGUCCAUCCGGGAAUAUUGUUGGACAGGGAACCCGAGCAGGUUACAGUGCAUGUGGAGGCAGUGUAAUAUGUGCUGAUAAAAUAUCCGGUGUCACUAUUGAUGGUGACAUCGAUUUGUCAGUAUCGGUGAAACCAUCACAAGUGCGUGCAGAUGCAGUAGAAAAGACACCACCUUCCUCUCAGGCCCCUGCUGCGAAAAUGAUCAAGAAGCACAAGGUGGAACUCAUUGACUGCCUGAGUGCGGAUCACUCCUUCAUUCUGCAGCACGUUCAAGCCAGAGAUAUUGUCACGGACAGAGAGUAUAAUCAUCUGAGGCAUAUCUCUCAGCCAAGAGAAGUUGUCACCAAACUGAUCGAUAUAGUUAUGGGCAAAGAUCAAAAAUCCAUUGAAGAUUUUAUUGACCUUCUCAAAGAAUCUGAUAUUCUUUGCACAUAUCCACAGCUCGAAGAAAUUACAAGAAAUUGGUGCUGAGGAAUGUUGAAUUCAAGUUUUUGCAAAUCAGUGUGAAAAAGUGAAAGAUAAUAUCUGAUGGUGUAUGUUUUAUAAGUUAUAUUUGAACUUACAGAUUGGUAUUUGUAAAUGUUGAUAAUAAUUGAAUGAUACCACACAUUAUGAAGUUCAAAAGCUGGUUGCUGCAUGUAACCUACCAAACCACUAGAGGUCACAAUUGAGCCAGUUUUGUUUUUCAAGUUUUGAGUCUGCCAUGGUAACAAUGAAAUUUACAAUGCAUUGUUGGAGCCUGUAUACUAAAAAUGUAUUAUUCUUCAUAAUAAAAAAAUGCUACAACCAGCUAAAUCAGUAUGAUUCAA